GUCGGCUUGAGUCCGUGCAGCCUGAGCCGCAGAUCAGGUCUCCGCUCCGCGAUCCACCGCCGCAUUCCUGCAGGCAUUCCCCCCCGCAGGGAGGCGUUUCAGUCGGACUCUGCUGCUGCGGCGAGCCGCUGCUCAACAGGCGGAGAAGCAGACCGUUCGGGAUGGAUGCUGCGGAGGGAAGCGUCCCGGUGAGCCGGCUGGAGAGGAGCAGCCACACGGCGUUCAUAGACAACAACACACUGUACGUCUGGGGUGGUUACCAGGUGGUUGCUGCAGAGGACGUCAUGUUGCCCAGUGAUGAGAUAUGGCUCUGUGAUUUAGACAGCGGGACGUGGGAGCGGAGGGAAAUCGCUGGAGACAAACCACCAGACUUAUCAGGCUUCUGUGGCGCUCAUGUUAACGCCACACUCUACAUCUUUGCAGGAUGUGGCAGCGUGGGCUACACGAACAAGAUGUUCAGCGUUGACCUCACAGAGCAGCGCUACUUGUGGAAGACAGUGACCGACACCAAGGGAACAACACCCUCACCGCGGAACAAACACUCCUGCUGGGUGCACAGGGACAGAUUAAUUUACUUUGGUGGAUAUGGAUGUAAGACUGUAGGGGAGGUUCAAAACACGUCAUCAACGAGCUUCAUCGUAGAAGAGAUGUCCUGGACAACAAUUGGAAAUGCAUUAUUGAGGUGCUGGGGCUGGAACAAUGAAGUCAAUGUCUUUGACACGCAUACUGCCACAUGGAGCAUGCCAAAGACUCAGGGUCUCGUUCCGGCCCCCAGAGGCUGCCACGCUAGUGCUCUUCUGGGGAACAAAGGUUACAUCUCUGGUGGCGUGGAAACUGCAGAGCUGGACCUGUUCUGCCUGGACCUGGAGACCUGGACCUGGACUCAGUUCGACCUCUCCCAGUCCUGCACACCUCUGGGCCGCUCUAUGUUCACCAUGACGCCCGUUUCAGAUAACACACUCUUCAUAUACGGAGGUCUCGGCACAGAUGGAAACACUCUUAAUGAUGCCUGGCAGUUUAACACUGGGAAGAGAGAGUGGACCAAAAUGGCUCACCCACACGAGGACAAGCCCAGGGUGUGUCACACAGCGUGCCUGGGGAGGGACAAUGAUGUCGUUGUGUUCGGAGGAAGCAGCAACAUGCGAAUCCUCGUGGACUCGCUAACUGUCCUGAGGGCUCCAUCGCAGCAUCACUGCAAAGACGUGUUCAUCUUCCAGACCCAGCCAUACUCCCUCUUCAGAUUGUGUGAGGACGUCAUAGGAAGAAACCCGGAGCUGUUUGGGAAGCAGCUGAGCUGGCUGCCAUCAAAGCUGCGCAUUAAAAUCGAUAAGCGAGUGGCCUUUUUCUCUGCUGCGACGCCUGUCCUUACAGCUUGAAGACACUUUUUAGAGCGAGGAGAUACUGAGCCAGUCCAUUAUCACAACCGUCUGUGUGUCACGAAUGUCUGUGUUUAAUGAUUUUUUAAAAAAACUAAAAACCUGGUGCUAAAGUUUCAUUUCAAGUUACGAAAUGUCAUUUGUAAAUAAAGUUUUUGGCCUUAUUUUAAAUAACCAGUUUAGAUUAGGUGAAAUUUUACUCCAUAGAGUGAUUUGAUGAUGUGCAAUCUGUUUUUGAAUAAAGGUAUUGAUAUGUUCUAUUGUA